CCCAGCUUCUUGUCGAUUCCUUUGAUGCUUCAGAUCAAUUUCCAAGCACAGACAUACAUAUGAGAUAGGGAGGAUAGGGAAGACAGCCCUGCCAGUCCAAUCUAGAAACAAGGGCUAGCAAAAGGGAAGAGAUUCCCUGUUGUUCUUGAGUAGCUUCUCAAGGACAAAUCUGAGGGGGCGAUGGCGUCCAAUUCAUCAGCGGCGGCCGUGGCAGCGUUAUUUGGAAUUAGGGAUGGCGACCACCAAGACCAGAUUAAGCCGCUGCUUGCACAGCAGCAGCAGCAGCACCAGCAGCCUCCUGCGGCACCGCUCAACGCGGCUUCUUCUUCGGCGGGGUCUAGCCUGCAGGCGACAGCGGCACCACCGCCAGUGAAGAAGAAGAGAAACCUGCCAGACCCUGACGCUGAGGUGAUCGCACUGUCGCCCAAGACGCUGCUGGCGACGAACCGGUUCGUGUGCGAGGUGUGCAACAAGGGGUUCCAGCGGGAGCAGAACCUGCAGCUGCACCGCCGCGGGCACAACCUGCCGUGGAAGCUGAAGCAGAAGGACCCGGCGCAGAUGCAGCGCCGGCGCGUGUACCUCUGCCCGGAGCCGACUUGCGCGCACCACGACCCCGCCCGCGCCCUCGGCGAUCUGACAGGGAUCAAGAAGCACUUCUGCCGCAAGCACGGCGAGAAGAAGUGGAAGUGCGACAAGUGCUCCAAGCGCUACGCCGUGCAGUCGGACUGGAAGGCGCACUCCAAGAUCUGUGGCACCCGCGAGUACCGCUGCGACUGCGGCACCCUCUUCUCGCGGAGGGACAGCUUCAUCACCCACAGGGCUUUCUGCGACGCCCUCGCCCAGGAGAGUGCGCGGCUGCCGCCCACCGGCCUCACUGCCAGCCACCUAUACGGCGCCACCAGCGCCGCCAACAUGGCGCUCAGCCUCUCCCAGGUCGGUUCCCACCUCGCGUCCACUCUCGGCGCGGACGCGCACGGUCACCAUCAGGACCUCCUCCUCCUCGGCGGCGGCGGCGCCGCGAUCCGCGGGUUCGAUCAUCUUCUAGGACCGUCCAGCGCCUCUGCGUUCAGAUCCCUGACGCCUCCAGCAGCGUCGGCGUUCCUCAUGGGCGCGCCGCAGGACUUUGGAGACGGCGACGGCGGUAAUGGGUCCCACCGGUUCUUGCAGGGCAAGCCGUUCAACGGACUCAUGCAUCUGCCGGAUCUCCAAGGCAACGGCGCCGGGGGGCCACCAGCGUCGUCGGCUCCGGGUCUCUUCAACCUUGGCUACAUCGCGAACAGUGCCAAUAGCUCGGGUGCAUCCAGUCAUGGUCAUGCAAGCCAGGGACACAUGACAAUUGACCAGUUCAGCGAAGGAGGAGGUGGCGGCGGCGGCGACUCUGAGUCAUCGGCUGCGAUGCUUUUCGGCGGCGGCGGGAACUUUGCCGGUGGUGACCACCAAGUUGCUCCUGGUGGGAUGUACAAUGAACAGGCCGUGAUGCUGCCGCAGAUGUCCGCGACGACGCUGCUGCAGAAGGCGUCGCAGAUGGGAUCCACCACGAGCGCGCACGGCGGCGCGCCCGUGUUCGGGGGCCUCGUGGGCUCGUCCGCGCCCUCCGCUCCGCACGGCCGGGCGUCCAUGGUCGACCAGAGCCAGAUGCACCUGCGGAACCUGAUGAACUCGCUGGCCGGCUGUGGCAUGUUUGGCGGCUCCAACGGCGGCGGUAUGAUUGACCCGAGGUUGUAUGACAUGGAUCACAAAGUGAAGUUUAGCCAGGGCCGUGGUGACGCCGACAUGACGCGGGACUUUCUUGGCGUCGGUGGCAGCGGCAUCAUGAGGGGGAUGCCGGUGGCGAGAGGGGAGCACCAUGACGGUGCCGCUGACAUGAGCUCGUUGGAGGCCGAGAUGAAGUCGGCCUCGUCGUCCUUCACUGGAGGCAGGAUGCAAUAAGAUUAUGAAAAGACAUAAGCUAAUAGUGAGCGAGUACUGAGCAAGUAAGUAGCAGCCUCUGGCAUGCAUGCAUGGGUGUAGUGAAUCAGUUACAGCAGGUUUUUAUAUGCAUGGGAGUAGUAUAAGGUUGACUGCAUUCCAUGCAAAAGGAUGAAGGUAGAUCUGAAGACAUGCAUGGUAGCAUGCAUGGCGAGCAAAGGGCUUUCUUUUCUACUAAUCCAACAAGAGGCUAGAUGAAAUAGAAUCAGGUAAUGACCUGAUUGGUGCAUGCUUGGUGGUGGUUCCUUACAAAUGUUUUCUUGUUCUUUGUUGGAUCUCAUGCUAUAUGUAAUUGGAUUAAUUAUACUGGAGGAGAUAGUUGCAAUAAUGUUGUAGCCAGGUUAGUAUUGACUUAUUGGGGUUGAUAAGAAUUUAUUGCUCCCUACUUUCUUUUA